UUCUGCGCUGCUUUGCCGCGAAGCUCAGCUGGGGGGGAAAAGGCAAGUUUCGCUGGGAUUUCUGGAGCCCAUCCCCGCCGUCCUUCCUGGGAACGGAUGCCGGGCUCAGCUUUGGACGCAGCGAGGACCGGAUGGGUUCAGGUUUACACAUCUCAGGUUGCCUGUGGAUUAUGGGUACAACUGCCAGCACAGCUCAGCAGACAGUAGCAACAGCAACAUUUGAGAAUAUCCACGGCAGCGGAACCAUGGAGGAUCACCAUUCCCUCAGCAUCCACUCCUUCCAGACCAUUGGCCUCCACAAUAACAAAGCCAAGUCUAUCAUUACUAAUAAGGUGGCUCCUGUUGUCAUUACCUACAAUUGCAAAGAAGAAUUUCAAAUACACGAUGACUUAUUGAAAGCCAGCUAUACUGUGGGGCGAAUUACAGAAUCUACUCCAGAACAUUAUCUUGUCCAGGGGAAAUAUUUUAUGGUCCGUGAUGUAUACGGCAAAGUAGAUGUCCUGAAUACUUCCAGCACUUGUGGGGCUCCCAACUUUCGGCAGGCCAAAGGAGGAUAUGCCGUGUUUGGGAUGGGGCAGCCCAGCUUCGGUGGAUUCAAGCAAGUCCUGCAGAAACUCCAGAACGAUGGUCAUAAGGAAUGUAUUGUGUUUUGCGUUCGUGAAGAACCUGUACUUUUUCUACGUAUGGACAAUGAUUUCAUCCCCUACACUCCAAGAGCAAAGGAGAACUUGAAGGAGAACCUACACGAUUUGCAUAGAAGAGUCAAAGUAGAAGACCUGGAAGUCUCUAUUCGAAAAGAGAUACAUGACUUUGCCCAGCUGAGUGAUAAUAUAUAUUACGUCUACAACGACGUUGAACAUUUCAAAGAUGAGCCGCAUUCAGUCAAAAUCUUCUGCGAAGAAGACAUCCAAGUGACAGAGGAAGUGUACAAGAGGCCUGUCUUCCUGCUGCCCUCUUACAGGUACCAUCGGCUGCCUUUGCCUGUGGACGGAGCACCUUUAGAAACACAGUUUGAUGCUUUCAUCAGUUUUCUCCGGGAGAGUCCAAAUCUGCUCCUUCUCCAAGAUCCCAGCAAGCCGCCUCCUGCUCUGGUGUUUAGCUGCCAAACUGGUUUCGGGACGACCAAUUUCGCCAUGGUCUUAGGAACUCUGGUCCUGUAUCACCGUAAAGGUGGCCUACAAAAACAAGACCUUCCACAGUCUCCCAAAUACUCACCCAGGGAACAAUUUCGGAUUAUUCAGAACUUCAUUGGCAUGGUACCCAACGGGCAACAGAUAGUGGAAGAGGUGGAUGCUGCCAUUGCCUUGUGUUCAGAAAAGCAUGAUGUGAAGGAAGCCAUCUACGAAUACAAGAAGAAAUUGGAAGGGAUUGGAGAAGAUUAUCAAAACCAGAAGAACAGCACCAAAGAAUGUUUCCUUCAGAAGACAUUACAGAGACUUGAACGCUAUUUCUUCUUGAUCGCUUUCAAUUAUUACCUUCAUGAACAGUAUCCCUUGGCUUUUGCUCUCAGUUUCAGUAAAUGGAUCUGCAGGCACCCUGAGCUGUAUAGACUUCAAGCCAACAUGAAUCUGUCAGAACUUACAAUCACAGCAGAACACAUAACUAAAGGAGUACGGGUCCUGGUUGUGGAUGAGCGGUUUUCUCCAGAUGUUCUUAGUACCGUCAAAGACAUGAAUGUGGCCAACUUCCGUAGGGUUCCUAAAAUGCCUGUAUAUGGAAUGGCUCAGCCCAACUCCAAGGCAAUUGGGAAUGUCUUGAACUACCUGACAGAUGCAAAGAGGAAGCAUUCUCACAUCUUAUGGAUUAAUCUCCGUGAAGAUAUAGUUCUAGAAGAGAAUGAGCAAACCUAUACCCUACGGGAAAUUGGCAAUCUGGAACAGCAAAUAACAAUACCUGUAGCAUCAUCAGAACAACUAGAGAAACUGGAAUCUGUCUUGAAGAAUGAUCUGUUGAAAUCCCAGAAACGGAUUGAGGUUUAUUUGGAACAAGAGAAACAGAUGAAAGUGUUGAAAUCAUGCUUAACCAUGCAGGAGAUAUUUAACCAGCACAAAAGCAAUUGCCAAGGUCUGGCCUACAAACGGAUUCCGGUUCCAGAUUUUUGUGGCCUGAAGGAGAAGGACUUUGAUCAGAUGCUGGAAGCCAUGAAGGGCGCGUUGGCUGAAGACUCCCACACAGCCUUUGUGUUCAACUGUCACAGUGGCAGAGGACGAACUACAACUGCCAUGGUUAUUGCUGUCCUCAUCCUUUGGCAUUUCAAUGGAAUCCCUGAGAUCAUGGAGGAUGAGAUUGUGAGUGUGCCGGAUGCCAAGUACACAAAAGGAGAAUUUGAGGUGGUGAUGAAAAUGCUUCAGAUAUUGCCAGAGGGACACCGGAUGAAGAAGGAAGUCGAUAUGGCAUUGGACACAGUGAGCGAAACGAUGACGCCGAUGCACUACCACCUGAGGGAAAUCAUCAUUAGUACUUAUAGACAGGGGAAAACUGCAAAAGAGGAAGCAAAGACACAGACCUUACAGCUAAGGAGCCUGCAAUUCUUGGAACGCUAUAUUUAUCUCAUUCUGUUCAACGCCUAUCUUCACUUGGUGAAAAAAGACUCCUGGGAGAAACCUUUCAGCAUCUGGAUGCAUGAGGUGGCGGCCAAGGCGGGCGUCUAUGAGAUCUUGAACCAGCUGGGCUUUUCUGAAUUUGAAACUCUGGAUAGCCAGGCGUUCUGCCAGCUUCGCUAUCGCUGGUCGGAGCAAAGCCGUAGUAUCCUGCCCUUCCGAGGAGAGUUCAUUUAGGACCCAAACGGUAUUCAGGACCUGGAGGACUGCAGCACUUCUCCAGAUGCGGCUACAUCACCAACUUUCUCUUGUUUUUCUGAAGCUUAUGAAAUACCUGCCUUUAAGAAGGAUUGUGUUCCCAAGAAAAAGAAGUUAAAUGACCUUGGAGACAUUUUUAAGGGUUUUUCUCCCUCCCCCCCCCCCAGGUAGAAUAAAAUAAAUUUAAAUAAAGCAGAUAUUCUAUACCUUCUCUUGGUCCCCAGGAUGCCACAAAAGACUUUUUCUGAGGACUUGGCGCCCAAGGUAACUUGUAUAUUAUGUAUAUGCAGAAGUAGAAAACCUUGAAUGGGCAGUUCCAUGUGACUUAAGUAUUUCUUGCGUUUGAAUCUCGUUGUUUUGUUAUGAUGAUGCUGAUGUACAUUGGUGAUACUUUACUUGGUAACCACCAUUGUUGGACAGUUGUACUGGGCCAAGGAUGGGAGAAGGUUACCUACACUGUCCAAUGUGGACCUUUCACUGCAUGCCUAAGAGGAUACUGAAAUUUCUAGUGUGUCUGGAAUUACACACACACACACACACACACACAUACACACACACACACACAAACACACACACACACACAAGGUGCUUAUCUGAAUGCAGCAAAUGGUUACCAUAUUUUUUGGACUAUAAGACACAUUGACUAUAGAUAAAGGUAAGGGUUCCCCUCGCACAUACGUGCUAGUUGUUGCCGACUCUAGGGGGCAGUGCUUAUCUCCGUUUCAAGGCCGAAGAGCCAGCGCUGUCCGAAGACGUCUCCGUGGUCAUGUGGCCGGCAUGACUCAACGGCAAAGGCGCACGGAACGCUGUUACCUUCCCACCAAAGGUGGUCCCUAUUUUUUCUACUUGCAUUUUUACAUGCUUUCAAAACUGCUAAGUUGGCAGAAGCUCGGACAAGUAACGGGAGCUCACCCCGUUACACGGCAGCACUAGGGAUUCGAACCGCUGAGCUGCCGACCUCUUGAUCGACAAGCUCAACAUCCUAACCCCUGAGCCACCGCGUCCACCGGACUAUAAGACACACCUAAAUUUACAGGAGGAAAACAAGAAAAAAAUAGUUUUUGGCCUCAGUGUGUUGGAUUUUUGCCCUCCUAGGCCCCCAGAAGCACUCUGCAGUGCUUUGCAUGGCCUGUUUUUGCCAAAAAUGUGUGUGUUUUCACUAAAAAUGUGCCCGUUUUUGGCCUGCAGAGUGCUCCUGGGAGCCAGGGAGGGUGAAAACGUGACAUGAGGAGGGCUUGGGAGCCCAAAAACAGGCUUGUUCUUGGCAAAAAAGGACCAUGCGGAGCACUGCAGAGUGCUUUUGAGGGCCUGGGAGGGUAAAAAUCUGACGCACGGAAGGUUUGGGAGCCCAAAAACAGGCCCAUUUUUGACGAAAAUGUGCCAUGCAGAGCACUGCACUGCCGGGGAGGGUGAAAACGCAACGCACAGAGAGUUCAGGAUGCCAAAAGCGCCCGUAUUUGGUCAAUGAGACACACCUAAAUUUUCACCCACUUUUAGGGGGGAAAAGGUGCGUCUUAUACUCUGAGAAAUAUGGUAAUUCACCUGUCCUGCCUUCUAGGUCUGAAUUGGGUGAGUCAGCUAUAAACUAACAGAUGUUAAACUAGAGCUGAUCAUUUUUAAUGUCGAUGGAGAUUCUCAGUCAUCCAGAGCCUAAAAAUAUUCUCUUUAGAACUUUAGAAUAACAGAGUUGGAAGGGACCUUGGAGAUCUUCUAGUCCAACCCCCUGCUUAGGCAGGAAACACUAUACCAUUUCAGACAAAUGGUUAUCCAAUCUCUUCUUCAAAAAUUCCAGGGUUGGAGCAGUCACAAAUGCUUUUUCAAAAGGCAGCUGGACUUUCUUGGGGUUCCCCCCCCCCUCUUUGAAAACAUUUCACUUCUCAUCCAAGAAGCUUCGUCGGAACUUGCAGAACUGAAGAAGCUUCUUGGAUGAGAAGCCAAACUUUUUCAAGGGAAAAACCAAAAAGUCCAGUUGCCAAUUUGAAAAAGAACCCUUGGGACAUCAUUCUUAUUACUGGCAUUGUUAAUAGGGGCAACAACAUCUGUUAUGUUGUAUGUCCCUCACCUUAGUGUAGGUUCUUCCUCCCAAGACAAUAUUUUUCAGGCUCUGUGACUACACUGGGUUUAAUAUACAGUAUAGGUUGAACCAGUUUUGUACAAGCAGCUAUGCCAGCUGCAGAAUAGUAUCAGCGUUUGUAUUUCUGGAGUCCCCUACUCCAAAUUUUCAUCUUUUUUUUUUUUUCAAAUGCAGCCUGCCAGCAAUAAUGAAAUGUACUUUUUCGUCUGCACCAGGUCUGUCCAGUCAAGAAUGUUGUGUAUUCAGUCACCCGUAGCCAGUUUCACAUUAGUUCACAUGACUAAUCUGCAUGUACCAAAGACUAAGAGAGCCUGACUCAGUUUGAUUCAGAUGUGGAAUCCUUCUGCCAAGACCGAUACAUAGUACAUGAGAUUUCAAACAGAAAUCGUAGGGAUUGAAUCUGAAGUCAUGCAGUCUGCCACUGAGAGGCCCCUCCCUGAAAUGUUCCUUGUAACUCUACUCGUGUGCAGCUCUACAGCUUAUAUCAGGCACCAUUAUAUCACAAAAAUGGUAAGGCUGGACCAAUGAGUAUUCAAACAAAACCAUGCAAGUCCUAGAAUGGAAAUAGGAAUUCAGAGCAUGCUUAUAUGUGUGUUGUAUGUUUUCUGCUCACAGGCUCUUAGGAAGUUGUCUUGCGUAGUUCAAACAAUUCCUAAGAGUAAGAGAAGAGUAAGGCUGUAAGGCUUACAGUAGAGCAGUAGAGCAGUGCAUUUCAACCUUGACAAGUUGAAAACAUGUUGGACUUUAACUCCCAGAAUUCCCUAGCCAGCAAGUCUGGCUGGGGAAUUCUGGGAGUUGAAGUCCACACAUCUUUAAAGUUGCAGGGUUGAAGGAAAACACUGAUCUAGGCAAUGACGCCCAACUUGGACAACUGCAUUUUGGAAGUUGAAAUUCAAACAUGCAGAAGUUGCCCAGGUAAGUAAAUACUGAUCUAGAUCUUAUUUUAUGGACUGUUUUGAGAACUCAGGGCUUGUUUUCCUUCCUACAAAUUCUGUUGUUAAAAACAAAACAAAAAACGAGCUAUUUCAGCCCUUCUGGCAACUCUUGUGAGAAGACUCUGCAUUCAUUCACAGACAUCCUUUAUCGUUAUGAGAUAAUGCAGGUGUUCUAAGAUCUCACAAUUGACCCGUCUUCUCUGAGAAACUGCAAAUAUUUCCAGGACUGAAGGAAUCCUGGGUAUCAGCCAGUUAUUUAAACCAGGGGUCUCCAACCUUGGCAAC